ACAUUACUAAACGGAUUAAACUUGUUCAAGCAUUUUAAAAAGCAACAAUGAAGACAUUUCUGAAUUUCGUGCUGCUAUCCGUGUUUAGUACAAGUCGAUCUUUACCAGCAAACUCGGACAUCAACUCGACGGAACAAGAUCCUGAAGAAAACCCGGGCUUAUUCGAAGGCGAUAUCGUAUUGAGACUCUCGUCGCGUUAUUGUUUGCGCAGUGAGGAACACCAUUGGCCCCGUGGUAUUGUCUAUUUUAAGUUUUCCGAAGGAUCUUUUGAGGUACAACAAGAACUAUUUAUUAGAGGUGCCAUGAAAACCAUUGAAGAAGCUUCCUGCAUCCGUUUUAUACAGGCCGACGAUGACCAGCCAUAUUUCAUCAACAUAACGGCCAUGAGUCGCGGUUGUUACUCAACUGUCGGUUUUUGGAACAAGGUUCAAACAUUAAAUCUAAAACCUAACCCAAUCGGUGAGGGUUGCUACCGCCCUGGCACUAUUGUACAUGAAUUGUUACACUCUCUCGGCUUCUAUCACAUGCAGAAUGCUUAUAAUCGUAGUAAAUAUGUUCGAGUUGUUCGGAAAAAUAUUAAAAAGGGCCAUGAGCAUAACUUUAAAAAAUACCCCAGAAGAAUGUCUUCUAAUUUUGGUCAAGCCUACGAUUAUGGUAGUAUAAUGCACUAUUCGUCUCGUGCAUUUUCGAUAAAUGGUGAAGAGACUUUAGUGCCAUUGCAGAAAUUAUCGAAGGGUGUAUUGGGGCAGCGCAAUAGUAUUAGCGAAUCUGAUAAAAAAAAGUUGAAUAAAAUGUAUGGCUGCAGUAAGAAAAAGAAAAAGUAUACACAUGAGUGA